AUGGUCACGAGGGGCAAAUCGGUCAUUUCCACCACCAUGGCUGUUAGGUGGACCCGACAUGCACGGGUCAUUAAACAUUGCAGCUCCGGUUGGGGUCAAAGUCAACCCGAUGUUUUGUCCAGCCUGGCAUCCGGUGUACAAACCGCGGGCCCCAGUUCAAAAGGUGGGGCCGACAUUCAACCUUUACAAGUAGACGAAAGUGUAAGUUUCGAUGACAUAGGCGGGCUUUCUGGUUACAUCGACGCGUUAAAAGAAAUGGUGUUUUUCCCGCUUUUGUACCCGGAUUUUUUCGCUAAUUACCAUAUUACCCCUCCGAGAGGAGUCCUCCUCUGUGGGCCACCUGGCACUGGGAAGACAUUAAUCGCACGUGCUUUAGCUUGUGCUGCUUCAAAAGCCGGACAGAAAGUGAGUUUCUACAUGAGGAAAGGAGCGGAUGUGCUUUCCAAAUGGGUAGGUGAAGCCGAAAGACAGCUGAAAUUGCUCUUUGAAGAAGCACAAAGAAACCAACCUUCAAUUAUAUUCUUUGAUGAAAUUGACGGACUUGCCCCUGUGAGGUCAAGCAAACAAGAACAGAUUCACAACUCCAUUGUUUCAACUCUUCUUGCAUUAAUGGAUGGUUUGGAUUCAAGAGGACAAGUGGUUUUAAUCGGGGCAACAAAUCGGAUCGAUGCGAUUGAUGGAGCAUUGAGAAAGACCUGGUAG